AUGGAACAAUUCGAGGUAAUUGUAAUGAAUUUACUAUUUUUAUAUCAUAUUUUUAUAUAUAUAUACAGCCGAUUCAAAACAGGUUGACCUUUAAACUAUAAACAUUGAGCACCUAAGGUAUGACAGGUUUAAGAAAGUGGCGGAUUCGGAAAGAAAAAAUAAGAAAAUAAGAAAAAAGAUAGGGAUACAACUACCUGAAAAAUACAAGGAGAAUUUCGACGUUUCGAGCGAAGUCCUUCGUUGGGAAAUUAGUAUGAAGGGCCUUCGUUGGCUACUAACUUUGCCACGAAUGGCCUUCGCUCGAAACGUCGAAGUUCUCCUUGUAUUUUUCAGGUAGUUGCAUCCCUAUCCGAAGGCGAAGCUUUCUUAUAAUGGGUAUAUUGCUUAUUUGGAGUCUAAGAUUGGACAAUUAGCUUGGUGAUAGCCCUACAUCAAAAGUGCAUGAUCCUGCAUAUAUAUGCCCUAGCAAAUGUUGCAAAGCAAGUGAAGAUUGCCUUGUAGACCUUUGCAAACGUCCACUUUUGUCAAAUGUUUUAACCACGAAAUGUCGUCAGCGAAUAGGCAAUUCCAGCUUUUAAUUUAUGCGCGCAGGGGGUGACGGGAAGUAAGGUAUCAUAUUGCUGAUUAUGCUGAAAAAUUUCAAUAAAACUGCCGAAAUAUUUCAAUAUCACUCCGUGUUUACACGGCCGCCAUUUCUAUUUUUUCAGCAUAAUCAGCAAUAUGAUACCUUACUUCCCAUCCCCCCCCCCUGCACGCAUAAACUAAAAGCUGGAAUUGCCUAUAGCGAGAAGAAGCAUCUUCAAAUUUACGAAGUAAAGUAGUAUAUUGGGUAUUAUAGAGAUCGCUUAUCUUUCAUCACAUAAAAGAUAUACUGUAUAGAGUAAUAUACCGGGUAUUCCGAAAGUUGUCAAAAACUCAAAAUGGAAGUGCAUGACAAGGAGCAACUUCGAUGUUUUGCUUUUUCUGUGAAAAUGCAAGCGGAAUAAUGAAUGUAACAACCUAAAAACUAGAAAUAAUUGCAGUCUACAUGCGCAAGAAGUAGUAUUAUGCAAGAAAAUGAACCAAAGGUGACUCGGUCGAGCAAUUUAUUGUAUAAAAGGUUCUUUAAUAACUGAACCAUACAAAGAUUCUUUAAUUUUCUCGUAUAAUAUAUAUAACUUAUAUUUUGUGUUAAACUUAGUAAAGCAAUACUUAUUAUCAACUUUGAAAGCAAAGGGCUAUGCGAAGGAUGAUCUAAGCUGAGAUAAUAGCGUUUUAACGCUUUACAUUACUCCAAUAAACCAGUGAUUCUGUGAAUGGAAGCGAGGAGUGAUUAGUUUCAGAGUGUUGCACUGUCCUUUUCUGUUUGAGAGUACUCCGACGUUUGUUUUUUUUUUAUCAUCAACACUCUGCACGUUGGAAUGGACUAAAAUACUUAAAAUGGGGGUCUGGAGUUAUCCGGAAAAGUCCCUCGGUUGGAUUCAUCAGUGACGAAUAAAGAUGUAAAUAUACCAGGAUAUAAAGUUUACAGACUCGAUCGUCGACACAAGAAGGUCAUGUUGGAAACUAAGGCCAUGUUGUUUAGAGUACUCAAAACUCUAUGAAUUGUACAUCGAGUCGUAUUGAACCCGGUGUCAGAGCGGAUACUGUCCUUCCCCCACUUUUUUAGUUGUUAGCUACUUUUGCCCCCAGUCAAUAACACACACACACACACACACACUUUUUAACAAUGGUUAGUGAUAAACCACAAAGUUAAAUGAUAUUAUUUCAGUUACGCAUGUAGAGAAAACAAUUUGAGAUAUUUUAUAACAUUUUGUUACCUUUAGAACUCUGUAAAUCUCCUUCUAAAGUGCAGGUGGGCAUGCCCCUGAACCCCUACAAUACUCGCCUUUGGUGGGCGCUGGCCCCCCCCCCCCCAAUUUUACAGCCGUUCCGACGCCCUGCCUCCCGCAAGAGUUCCCGGACACAGUUGUCUGGAUAGUUCAUGUUGUGUUUUAAACGGAUGAAAAAAGUGUGCUUUAAUCGGCUUUUGCAAAUCUAUUAGGAAAGAAUUUAAGGUUUCUUCAUUUCUCAUUAGAUAAUACCUGAAAGUGUGAAAGUAUUGACAGUAACAGUUAUCAAGGCAACUGGUGUUUCCGUUGGUGGAUUUUCUGGAAACAGUAAGCUAUUAUUUUAACUGCCUGGUCAAACGUGGGUGGGAGUUGAUGAGAGUUGAGAAGCGAGAGUUUGCAUGAGAGUUUUCUCAACUCUCAUGCCUGGGUCAAACGAGAACAAGAGUUGCAUGAGACUUGAUGAGAGUUGAGAAGCGAGAGUUUGCAUGAGAGUUUUCUCAACUUUCAUACCUGGGUCAAACGAGAACAAGAGUUGCAUGAGAGUUGAUGAGAGUUGAGAAGCGAGAGUUUGCAUGAGAGUUUUCUCAACUCUCAUGCCCUGGUCAAACGAGAACAAGAGUUGCAUGAGAGUUGAUGAGAGUUGAGAAGCGAGAGUUUGCAUGAGAGUUUUCUCAACUCUCAUGCCUGGGUCAAACGAGAACAAGAGUUGUGCGAGAGUUGAUGAAAGAUGAGUAGAUAUUACCAGUGAACUCUAUGGAACGAUACAUAACUCGUGCUGUGUUUUCGAAGCCAAGAUGGCGGAAAUUGAAGCCCGUCUUGUAGGUAUGAUCCAGGCCCCUACACGGAAAUUCGCUGAAUUCAGUGCGAAAAAUCGGCAUCAUUUCAUGUAGAAAUUUCAUAAUUUUGCGGCCGACUAUUUUUCAGUAAGUCCCGUCUUCUCGUGGCCCUAAUGAACUAGAGCAAGUGGUCCGUCAGAAUUACUAAAUCUUAGAAACACUUCAUCAUGAAAAGCAAAGUUAUUUGACGACUGAAAAAACUCGUGGAGAGACACCAGCAAGAUUCUGUUUUUCUGGAUUAUAUGAGGGAUUUGAACUGAACACAGAAUGCACUGCAGUUGCAUCAAUCUCAUCUUUUCGUUUAGUUUUUAGCUUUUAGGUAGGGUAUUUACUAUUAAAAUGAGCAAUUUAUGCAAAUUAUGUGCAAAAAUUGAAAAACAUCGAUCGCAACACUUUAGUCAUUUUUCAGCCUCCGCGAAGCUGUCAUACCUACAAGAGAGCACUAUAUAUAGCUAGGGUGGCCGGACAUUUUGCCGAAAGACACUUUGCCGAACGGACAUUUUGCCGACGGACGUUUUUCUAAGAUCAGUACAUGUUUUUGGCAACGUAUAUUUACGAGCAUGCGCAGUACAAGAGAAACGAACACGUUUGUUUUUGAGAAUCGAACUCAAGUUGACGUUUUAUAAAAUUUUUCCUAUUUUAUUUGUAUUAUUGGUGAAUAAAUUUUUAUAUACGAGAUGUUGUCGUCGGAACGGACAGUUUGACGAACGGACAAUUUGCCGAAAAUAGAGAUAUCUUCUGAACUUUAAAGGUUCGCUUAUAGUCCAGCGGAUAUGCACAGAUAUUUGAGAAAAUCAUGCACUUUGUGAAGAAAGCACCAAAUUCACAGGAAGUGUAGACUUUAACAUGAUAAUGAAUCUUAGAUAUGGAGGCAUCACCAAAAUUGAUGCUGACGGCUUAAAAUUUAGGAUUUCUUAUAUUCUCUUAUUAAUCUCUUAUACUAUUAAAAAUUGUGAAAUUGCAGGUUCACAUAUAGCAAAAAUGACAUGCGUCAUUAGAAAGCUUACAAAAAACUGUAUAUAAGACAUUUAAGCAGUUACUUUGAUUUACCAACUCCUCUGGAGUUAUGAGCGGUUGAAAAUAUGUUUCAGGGCUAGUGUCCAGGACUUUGGCGGGAUUUUUGCUUAUUUAUCACGUUUUUAAAUAGUAAUAACUGGAAAACCGCUUGGAAACUCGAUCAGCCGUUUAAAAGUCUUAUAUGUAGUUUUUUGUAAGCUUUCUAAUCAUGCAAGUCAUUUUUGCUAUAUGUGAACCUGCAAUUUCACAAUUUUAAACAGCAAAAGGGUUUAAUAAGAGAAUAUAAGAAAUCCUAAAUUUUAAGCCGUCAGCAUGAUUUUUUACUUUUCCGCUAGACUAUUACGCGGUCAAAGUUUCUGUGAUUAAUUUAAUUUAAAGUCAUUGUGGAUUUUGACGACAGAAACUUUGAUAGCUUCAGUAUAGGUUCGUUUUCAGUAUAUGAUGUUCGUUUAUUCCCGAGAACUGUGAAUGUAUUCCAUGAUUCUCGAAGUGAAAUUCGCUUACGUCGUUGUCUUUAUAUAUACGCUUGUUUGUUUGCGACCUGACGUCAAAACACGUUCCUAAAAAAAAAGUCCGCUGCAUAAAGAAGCUGUCAAUAUAGUUAUGCACUGCUAACGAACCAUUUUGCACUGCUAAUGACGCAUUAUGCACUGCUAAUGACCAUGUAAUGGUUAUUUUACACAAUGGUUGAGAAUUGCACAGUUGAGAAAUGAGUCACAGUCCCAAACAUUUUAACGAAAUAACAUCUCUAUUUUCGGCAAGUUGUCCUUUCGGCAAACUGUCCGUUCGACAAAAUGUCCGUUCGACAAAAUGUCUUUCGGCAAAGUGUUUUUCGGCAAAAUGUCCGGGUACCCUAUUUUUAGGGUAUCUUGACUUCACCCAAUCAUAGGACAGUUUAUACCUGGACUUAACGUUCCAGUAUUUAUGGAGUUCACUGGGUAUUACUGAUCAAACGACCAAAGCUUUUGUCAACACUCUCAUCAACUCUCAUCAACAUUGAGGCCUGCCCGGUGGUUUAAAUUUUGAUGAGAGUUGAUAAGAGUUGGCGGUCACACUCUUAAUUUGUCUUUUUAGUGGACACACCAGAUCCAUAUGUGAUGCUCAGAGUUCGUUCCAGUCCUAACGCAAAACAACGAACAACGACGAAAGGAGAUGACGUCAAUCCUCGUUGGAAUGAAACUUUUAAGUUUUAUUUGAAUCCUGAGAAGAAAAACAUACUGG